AUGGGCACCUGGGCCUUCCUCGCGGCCCUUUUCCUUCUCUGCCUGACUUCUGAGAGCCUACAAGGCGGCUUUGGGAGCCCCAAUGGCUACCGACAAGGCAACGGCACCUCCAGUGGGCUGGGAGCAGGAUUUGGGAAGGGGAACCAGCUAAGAUCCCAGCCAGGCCCUCCAGCUCAGAAGGGCUAUGGAGCAGGCACUGGAGGGAGUGUGAAACCUCAGAGGCCAGGGUAUGGAAACAGGUAUAGGCUGGGAGCAGGACCCAUUCCAGGUGCUGCAGCCCAGCCAGGCUUUGGAGCGGGUAUGAAGCCCCAGAAGCCAGGAUUUGCCAAUGAAAAUGCCCUGGGGGCCCAGCCAGGUUCUGCAGUUCUGAGUGGCUUUGGAGCAGGCUUUGGAUGGGGUGGAAAACUCCAGAAGCCAGAAUUUGGAGUCAGGAAUGGACUGGAAGCUGUGGCCUUCCCAGGAGCUGGAGCCCAGCCAGGAUAUGGAGGGGGCAUGAAGGCCCAAAAGUCAGGGCCCCUAGCUCAGAAUGGCUACAGAGCAGGCUUUGGAGGGGUCAUGAAGCCCCAGAAGCCAGGUUACGGCAGUAGAAACGGAAUGGGAGCUGGCCUAGGCUCUGCAGCUCCAAAUGGCCAUGGACCAGGCUAUGGAGGGGGUGCAAAGCCUCAGAAAUCAGGAUACAGGAAUGGGAAUGGGCUGGGGGCCCAACUGACCAGUGAGGGGGUUUCUGUCUGGGGUCCCCCAGCUCAGAGUGUCUAUGGAGCAGGUAUUGGGGAAGGCACGCAGCCCCAGAAGCCAGGGUACACACCAGGGAAUGGCCAGGAGCUCCCACCAGGAUAUGGCAAUGGAAAUGGGCUGUCGACCCAGCCAGACCUCUGCGCGGCGCCGGGCCAGGGUCCCGGGGUUCGAGGCUACAGCGGGAGGGCCAGAUCCUGGGCGACUGCAGCAGCCAAGCUGGCGGCGCGGCUGCCCCGCUCCCGCUCACACCCGCGGCUAGUCCGCGGCCGCGUUCACUCCCGGCUGGGCAGUGCUCGCGCGUCGCUGCCGCCUACACCGCCGCCUGCGCUAUCCCUGCCGCACCCACCGCUACCGGGCCUGCCGCCCGGCUUCAGCUCCAGUGCCCCUCCGCCCUCGGCCCUCGCCCGGGCUGAGCUGCCACCGCUGCCCGCACUCCCGCUGCGACCCGAGCCUCUAGCGCCCUGGGGCCCCGGAGACCACUUGACGCUGCCGGAGCUGCCGCCGGAGGCCUGCGCGCCGGCGCUACCCGCCGCGGCGCUCGCCCUGCAAGACUUGCCGCGCCUGCCCGCGCCCGCGCCGCCGCCCGCGCACCUGCCGCUACCUCCGCUGCCCGAGGCCGCGAUGGCCACCGCGCCGGGGCCGGUGGGCGCGCGCGGCCGUCCGCCCCUGUUAGACGAGCCGCAGCAGCAGCCGCUACCGCCGCUGCCUGCUCGACCCUCGCCUUUCAACCUGCUGGCGCCGCCCACGCCCCGCGACCCCUGGCCGCUGCCAGUCUUCCCUCCGCCCCCACCACCGCACUUUUUCCUGUCACCGCCUUUCUGA